AUGGUUUCACUUGCCAGCCUUGGGCAAUGGGUUCUCACCCUCGCCCUCCUGGGUGGGUAUGACACCGUCUCAGCCGCGACGACGCAACAAUGGAAGUCGCGCAGUAUCUAUCAGACGAUGACCGACCGGUUUGCGCUGCCGGCCGGCACCACGGCGGCCGCCUGUAACACCACGGCCGGACUGUACUGUGGAGGCACCUGGCGCGGCACCAUUGAUAAGCUCGACUAUAUCCAGGGCAUGGGCUUUGAUGCGGUAAUGAUUUCGCCCGUUAUCCAGAAUAUCGACGGUCAAGUCUCGUAUGGUGAGGCCUACCAUGGAUACUGGCCGGAUGAUCUGUACUCGCUCAAUUCGCGGUUCGGGACGCACCAAGAUCUGCUGGAUCUCAGUUCCGCCGUCCACGCGCGGGGCAUGUAUCUGAUGAUGGACACGGUCAUCAACAACAUGGCCUACGUAACCAACGGCAAGAACCCGGCCACCAGCAUCGACUACUCGGUCUUGACCCCCUUCAACAGCUCGUCCUAUUAUCACAGCUACUGUGAGAUCUCCAACUGGAACAACUACACGCAGGCCCAGCUGUGCCAGACCGGUGACGAUAUCGUCGCCCUGCCCGAUCUGUACACCGAGCACGAGGAUGUCCAAAACACGCUGAUCGACUGGGCCACGCAGAUGAUCUCGACGUACUCAAUCGACGGGCUGCGCAUCGACGCCGCCAAGUCGGUCACACCCAGCUUCCUGGCCAUCUUCCAAGACCGCGUGGGCACCUUCAUGACCGGUGAGGUCUUCGAUCAGGACGCCUCCAAUGUCUGCUACUACCAGGACAACUACCUGUCCAGUCUGCCCAAUUUCCCGCUGUACUACACCAUUCUGGAUGCGUUCACGCGCGGCAAGCCGAGCGCCCUGUUCGAACGGAUCGCCCUCGUCCAGCAACUGUGCAACGACGUCCCCGCCAUGCCCACCUUCAUUGAGAACCACGAUGUGGACCGGUUCGCGUUCGCCAACGACGAUCUUACGCUGGCCAAGAACGCCAUCGUCUUCGAAAUGCUCUACGACGGGAUCCCUUGGGUGUACCAAGGCCAGGAGCAGCACCUGAACGGCUCGUACGCUGGUACACACAACCGCGAGGCGCUGUGGGAAUACGGUUACGACACGAGCUCGACGCUGUACACGCUAAUCUCGAAGCUGAACCGAGUGCGCAAGCACGCUUACAAGCUGGACCCGGAGUACAUCGAGAUGCAGACGAUCCCGCUGUACCAGGGAGGCAGCGAGCUGGCGUUCUGGAAGGGCGCGUUUGGACGGCAGGUAGUAAUGUUGCUGUCGACGCAGGGAAGCACGGGCAGCUCGUACAACGUCACCCUGCCCAUGACCUACGGGGCGGGCAUCGAGGUGGUGGAGGUGCUGAACUGCGUGAACUACACGGUCAACGACUACAGCCAGCUGAUCGUGCCCAUGGAUAAGGGCGAGCCGCGGGUGUUCUUCCCGAUGACGCUGAUGCCCGGCAGCGGCUUGUGUGGCUACAGCUCCAACACCACCUCGCUGAGCCAUCUGCGGCUGUCGGCGGCGGCGGCAGCGCUGGGUUCCGCGGCCCCUCCGACCGUGGCGCAGGUGACCGGGGGUUUGGUUGCGAUGAUUACCUUGUUGACUGGCUUGUUGCUUGUUUAG